ACUAACCGGUUCUUUUGUUCAUCAUCUUGUCUACAGUUUCUAGCCCUAGGAUUCUUCUUCCUUUCUCCUUUCUCUCUGGCCAAAGUUGCGAUUUUUGCUUCUCUCGGAGGCUAAUCAUGGACACCGUGGCGGCGAAUUUGGUUCAAUCUUCAGUCUUACUACGUCAAUCUUCCGAAAGGUCGAUAUUAUUGACGCCCAACUCUCCUCGCUUCAUGCGAUUCGGCUCCGGACCUCAAUUUCGUCUCAAACACAAAUCUUCUCUUAAAUUCUCGAGACCAUUGCAAAGCGGAACAACUUGUGCUAAAUCUCGGAGAAGCUUUGUGGUUAAAGCUUCAGCUUCUGCUUCUGGUGAUGCGUCAACCGAUUCAAUCGCGCCACUUCAGUUGAAGUCUCCGGUGGGGCAGUUUCUGUCACAGAUUUUAGUGAGCCAUCCUCAUCUUGUUCCAGCAGCUGUUGAGCAGCAGCUUGAACAGCUUCAAAUCGAUCGAGACGCUGAGGAACAGAGCAAAGAUGCAUCCUCUGUUCCUGGAACAGACAUUGUUCUCUACAGGAGAAUUGCUGAAGUUAAGGAGAAAGAGAGAAGAAGGGCUUUGGAAGAGAUUUUAUAUGCGUUAGUGGUUCAGAAGUUCAUGGACGCUAAUGUUUCACUUGUACCAUCCAUAAGCUCAUCGUCUGCGGAUCCGUCUGGUCGAGUUGAUACUUGGCCGACUCUAGAUGGGGAACUCGAGAGACUUCAUUCGCCUGAGGUUUAUGAGAUGAUUCAGAAUCAUCUUUCCAUCAUUCUUAAGAACCGCACUGAUGAUCUGACAGCAGUUGCGCAGAUAAGCAAACUUGGAGUUGGACAGGUAUAUGCUGCUUCCGUGAUGUAUGGGUAUUUCCUGAAGCGGAUUGACCAAAGGUUUCAGCUCGAGAAGACGAUGAGGAUUCUCCCAGGUGGGUCAUAUGCAGGUGAGACUAGCAUUGAGCAAGCAGGUCGAGAGACAGAGAGAAGCUUCUACGAAGAAGCGGAAGAGACUUAUCAGGCUGUUUCCUCAAACCAAGAGGUUGGUUCUUUUGUGGGAGGAAUCAAUGCGAGUGGUGGUUUUAGUAGUGAUAUGAGGCAGUCCCGGUUAAAGACAUACGUUAUGUCUUUUGACGGGGAGACACUACAGAGAUACGCUACAAUAAGAUCAAGAGAAGCAGUUGGGAUAAUUGAGAAGCAUACGGAGGCACUGUUUGGGAGGCCAGAGAUUGUGAUAACACCACAAGGCACAAUUGACUCUUCGAAGGACGAGCAUAUAAAGAUCAGCUUCAAGGGAUUGAAGAGGCUUGUGUUGGAGGCUGUGACGUUUGGGUCUUUCCUCUGGGACGUGGAGAGUCAUGUAGAUUCAAGGUAUCACUUCGUACUGAACUGAAAUGGUCUGUGUUUUGAGGAUGUGCCAGAUUCUUUGAGAGAGUUUGGGGAUUUGUUCUUUGUAAUAUAUGCAACUGUGAACU